AUGGCAACUUUGUCUCAAAAGUAUCUGAGCACUCGAGGUGCCGAGUAUGGAUUGAGUUUCGAGGAAGUCGUCCUGCAGGGAUUGGCAAAGGACGGUGGUCUGUUCAUUCCCGAGGAGAUUCCUUCUCUCCCUGCCAACUGGGAGACCGAGUGGGCCGAUUUCAGCUUCGAGGAACUAGCCUUCCAAGUGCAAAGGCUCUUCAUCGCCGAGUCCGAGAUCCCUUCCGCUGAUCUGCGCGAUAUCAUCAACCGCUCCUACUCUACCUUCUACCAUCCCCAGCGUACUCCCUUGGUCGACCUCGAUGCGAAGAACAAACUCCACCUGCUCGAACUCUUCCACGGACGUACCCGCGCUUUUAAGGAUGUUGCCCUGGCGUACCUGGGUAACCUCUUCGAGUAUUUCCUUGUGCGCAAGAACGAGGGAAAGACUGGCAAGGACCGAUUGCACUUGACCGUGGUUGGCGCGACAAGUGGUGAUACUGGUAGCGCUGCUAUCUCGGGUCUCCGCGGCAAGAAGGACGUCUCCGUCUUCAUUCUGUUCCCCGAAGGCCGCACAUCGCCUAUCCAAAGACUUCAAAUGGUCACCGUUUGUGAUGCCAAUGUCCACAACCUGGCUGUCCAGGGAACCUUCGAUAACUGCCAGGAUACCGUCAAGGCCUUGUUCGCUGACCCCGUCAUGAAUGCCGAUCACCACCUUGCCGCCGUUAACUCUAUUAACUGGGCUCGUAUCCUUGCUCAGAUCACCUACUACAUCCACUCAUACUUCCAGCUCGUCAAGAGCCCUGGCUAUAAGAAGGAGAAGCUGCGCGUCGUCGUGCCCUCCGGUAACUUUGGUGAUAUCCUGGCCGGUUGGUUCGCGAAGCAAAUGGGCUUCCCCGCUGACAAGCUCGUUAUCGCCACAAACGAGAACGACAUUCUUGACCGUUUCUUCCGCAGCAACGGCCACUACACCAAGAGCCCUAUCGACUCUCCUGCUCAGGCUGAGGAAGUCAAGGAGACUCACAGUCCCGCCAUGGACAUCCUCGUCAGCAGCAACUUCGAGCGUCUUCUCUGGUUCCUUUCAUACCAGACCAACUCCAGCAGCACUGCCGAGGAGCGCCGACAGCACGCCUGCGAAAGCGUCAGCUCUUGGUUGAGUGACCUCAAGUCCAAGGGCGGCUUCCAGGUCCCCAGCGCCGUUCUUGACGCCGCUAAGACCGAGUUCGAGAGUGAGCGUGUCAGCAACGACGAGACUAUCGCGGUUAUCCGCGAGACCUUCUCCACUUGCUUCCCAACUAACACUGGCGCUGGUAGCCCUAAGAGCUCUAAGACUGGUGGUUAUGUCCUUGACCCCCACACCGCUGUCGGUAUUGCUGCUUCCCGUCGCUCUAUCCAGCGCAACCCUGGUGCUCACCACAUCUCUCUUUCUACUGCCCACCCGGCUAAAUUUGCCAGCGCUGUUGAUCUGGCUCUUAAUGGCCAGGAUGGUUACACCUUCUCUGAGAUCCUUCCUGAGGAUUUCAUUGGUCUUGAGGAGCGGGAGACCAGAGUUACUUCUGUUCCCCCUGGUACUGGCUGGGAAGGUAUCCGUGAUAUCGUCUGCGCUGAGGUUGAGCAGGAGCUGCAGGGUCAGCGCUAA